AUGCAUAUCCACUGUGAACUGGUAAUUCUCUUAUUGGCAAUGACCGUUCACACCGAAGCGAUAUAUGGAGGUCGUGAGGCUGUGCCACAUAGCAGACCGUACAUGGUGCUAUUGGAGAGGAUGAUGCCAAAUGGUAAAACUAAGUACUGUAGUGGUUUCCUUCUGAAUGAGGAUUUUGUGAUGACUGCAGCCUAUUGUGAAGCCAGGUCCUACAAUGUCAUGCUAGGACUUCAUAAUGUUGGAAUCCAAAAUAAAUCAGUCACACAGAUUAUAUCUACAAAGCAAUCAUUUCUACAAAAAAGAUACAAAGAUGAGAAUUCUGACAAUCAAAUGAUGCUACUGAAGUUAAGCUCCAAGGCAAAAUUCAACAACUAUGUGAAACCAAUCGCUCUGGCAGACCUGGAUGAUCCUGCUCCUAAAUCAUGUAUCGUCUCUGGCUGGGGACGUCAUAACACGACUGGAUACAUGUCUUUGACACUCAGGGAAGUCAAUGUAACGCUGAUACAAAAGAGCGUGUGUGCAGAAUUUUACUGUUCUGCUGAUGAAGGAGGACCUGUUGAGGGAGAUGGAGGUAGUCCACUGGUCUGUGAAAAUGGAAAGGCCUAUGGAGUGGCAGCUUUCCAAUUCUAUAUUGAUGGCUCAAGAUUCAGUAGUUAUUCUCGUAUUCCCGACAUCAGUGGUUCCACAUCCUCACUAGCUGAGAUGAAAAGUGAACUGUUGACUGAGAUCAAGGACACCUAUACGAGGUAUGAGGCAAAUCUUCGUACUGUCCAGACCACUGUCGAUGACCAUGAGGAGCGCAUCACCAGUCUGGAACAGUUUGCGAACGUUACCAGCCAAGAGUUAUCCGAUGCACGAGCCGAGCUAGCAGCAAUAGCUGAGGAGAAUAAACUUGUCAUGCCCACCUUGCUUCCUCAGAUUCCCAAGGAAGGCUCAACUCUUCCUUUCCUCAUUUCUGUAAACGACACAAUGUAUGGCAGCCGCAAGUACCACACUUAG